AGAGAGAGAGAGAGAGAGAGAGCGUGGGGGAACGUCGUUACCUCGAUAUCACAGCCAGUUCUAACCAUUUCGACUAUCAGGGCACAGUUUGCGACACACAAUGGACGCAUCAAGAUCCGCGAAUGCGACGACCGAGCUGCUGAAACGACUGCUCGAAAUCCUCGACGAAGAGAACGCGCUCGAUCGUACGGGCAGCAAGCCUGUCUUGGAGUUUGUUUAUCCGGAAGAGCUACAGAAACUGUUGCCGAUCAAACUGACCGACGAACCGGCUAGCAAAGAAGAGAUCGAGACGGUAAUACGACAAACGAUUCGAUACUCGGUCAAGACGUUCAGUCCGCAUUUUCACAAUCAGCUGUACGCUGGUGUCGACGAAUAUGGCUUGGCUGGUUCUUGGUUGACCGACGUGCUUAACACCAGCCAAUACACGUACGAGGUAGCUCCAGUGUUCACCAUGAUGGAGCAACAAGUGAUAGAACAAUCUUUGAAAUUGGUUGGAUAUCCCCCGUUACCAGAAGGAGAUGGUAUUUUAUGUCCAGGCGGUAGUUUAUCAAACAUGUACGGAAUGGUGAUGGCCAGAUACAAAAUGAUUCCGGAUGUGAAAAGGAAAGGCCUCGCAGGCCUUUCACAGUUGGUUUGCUUCACCAGUGAGGCUGGCCACUAUUCAAUUACCAAAGGAGCCCACUGGUUGGGUCUGGGGACCGAUAAUGUUUAUAAGGUCAAAUGCGACGAAUUUGGACGAAUGCGACCAGACGAGUUAAAAGCUGGCAUAGCAGAGGUCAGGAGGCAGGGUCACUUACCUUUCUUCGUGAACGCCACGUGCGGCACGACGGUCCUCUGCUCGUUCGACCCUUUGCCGGAAAUCGCGGCCAUCUGCCGCGAGGAGAAACUAUGGUUACAUGUUGACGUUCGUACAGCAAGUAUGAUGAACGCAGCGAGCGACAGGCGAAACAAACUUUUCCUCGAACUCCGUGGCGUGGAAUCCGCACAAGAUGCUCGGCGCGCCGCUUCAAUGCUCGCUGUUCUUGACCAAGGGUAGAAACGCCCUGCACGAGGCGAAUUGCGUAGGCGCGCGGUAUUUGUUCCAGCAGGACAAGCAUUACGACGUGUCUUGGGACACGGGUGACAAGAGUUUACAAUGUGGUAGGAAGGUCGACGGAGCGAAAUUCUGGCUGAUGUGGAAGGCACGAGGGACCAAAGGGCUUCGCGAAUCCGUGGAAGUAGCCAUGUCCGCGGUCGAGUACUUCUUCGAACGAAUCAAAGAUCGAGAAGGGUUUCGCUUGGUGCUCCCACGAUACGAAGGCUGCAACGUUUGCUUUUGGUACAUACCACCGAGCAUGCGAACUCAAGAGGAGACUCAGGAAUGGUGGGACAAAUUGUACGAGAUCACAGCUAAGAUAAAAGGACGUAUGAUGCUGGAAGGAACGCUGAUGGUUGGCUACACGCCGCUGUCUUAUUGCAAUCUCGGUAACUUCUUCCGUAUGGUGGUCACCUGUCAACCGCCGCCGAGCAACGCUUCCAUGGAUUACGUGGUCGACAAGAUAGAGCAACUGGCGGUCGAUUUGUAAACAAGCUGAACGUGUACGCUCGCUCCAGCGAGCGAAAGAGAAAGAAAGAAAGGAAGGAAGCUCGGGAGAAAAUGAAUUCGCUCGAGGAGCAGAUACUUGCGGGCGUUAUUGUUCAUUUUAUUGCAUGAUUCUAUGCCAUUCUGGGGUUCGCGAAAAUGUUCGUUCGAUCGGGGAACGUCGCGUCGUCUGUUUGUACACUUGUUUGCAGUGCGUAACUCGUCGACCCGAGAUGGUUAAAAUCCACGGCUGAGUUUCGAGUUUCGAGUUUCGAGAGUCACAAUAGUUGUUUUUUUUUUUUUCUUUUUUU